AUGCACAGAUGCUUACAACUCCCGGAGCUCUUGUGCAUAAUAUUCGAGCUGAUCUACACGGAGGAUUGGGACGGUCUCCAAACUCUCGCUGCGCUUUCAGUGACGUGUCGUACCUUUCAUGAUAUUGCUCUGGAUGUUUUAUGGUACUGGCAGCCGAACAUUGGACCAUUGGUCAGAUGCUUCCCUCCUGAUGUCUGGACGGAGGAGUGCGACACCAACGGCAUGCAUACUGUGUCGUUGGUGAGAGAACCUAGUCCUGACGACUGGGAACGGUUCCUGUCCUAUGCUGCCCGCAUCAAGUCGCUCUGUCAUCGCACGACUCCGAGUCGAACCCCAUUAUGGCCUCCUAGCUGUUUGUACGCUAUGCGCGUUCAAGAAGACGUAUUCGGUACACUAUACAGGAUUCGAAAUGGUCGGUCCUUCCUGCCAAAUUUGCGCCGGUUUGAACGGACACAAUGUUCCAAAGACCCUGCGAAUGACCUAGCUCACCUGCGACUCUUGCUAAAUCCGAAGGUGACAGACAUGGCGAUCUUCACCAUGGCUGAGUUCGACACCACGUUGGCUGUGGACCUCGACAAGGCUGUGGAAGACUUUGGGAACAAUUCCCCGUCCUUACAGCACCUCACCGCUAUAUGUCCAUUUAUCCCAAACAUUGCAGCAACAACUUCAAAGAUCAUCCUUAAUCACCGGUCUCUCCGGACAGUCCACCUCUUCCAAGCCAAUGACACAUACAUGUCCAUCGAAGCUGCAGUCCACCUUGCACACCUCCCCACACUUGAAAAGCUGUGCAUACGCUCAGACAAGUUCGUUGACACGGACGGAUCCUUGCUGCCUAUCCACAGCGCAGUAUCUGAUGUUAUGUUCCCCGCCCUACGGUUGCUUACGCUCUAUUCACAUGAUUUGAGCAGCGUCCGCUUGUUCAUCGAGUCUAUCCAGUCCACACAGCUGGAGAGCUUGCAGGCCCUCGUGCUGGUGCCUCCCACAGCAGCGGAGGUGCAGGAGUUCACGACGACCAUCAGCGCCCGCAAGUCGCUCCAGUCUAUUUCCAUGUCGCGCGGACUGGGGAGCCCGCGUUUCCAGGACAGCUACACUAUUACCGGAGACCACCUUCGCCCGCUCCUCGCGCUGAAGGACAUGUUUGACUGCAAAAUCCAAUGGCGCUGCCCCCUGGAGCUCGACAACGCGUUCAUCAAGGAUCUCGCACUGGCAUGGCCAAAAAUCCACACGCUUGAGCUGGGCACGGAUUGGCGCAGGGAGCUGGACACACUCGGCGUUACGCUGAAAGGACUGAUCCCUCUUGCGCAGCAUUGCCCUGCCCUGGAGCACCUUGGCCUGGUAUUCGACACGGACGUCUCGGAGAUCGUGGAUACGUACAGCGAACAACGGCCGGGGGGCGGAGUUACCAACGGCAAGCUGCUCUUGUUGUCGACCGGCACGUCGCGGAUCGGCGAGGAUAUGGUCACUCUGGGUGGCUCUCUCUCCGAUCUCUUCCCACAGUUGCGUCAUGUCCAUUCUGCGUGGGGUAAGAAGGAGUUGCAUGACGCGGCUGGCGCGGACGAAGACGACCCAGAUGAGGAGGAACUUCAACAAUGGGAACAGCUGCGCAGGCUGGUGCGUGAGAUGGGACGGGUGCGGAGGCAGGAAAGAGAGUGGCAUGCGAGCGCGGCGAAGGACCGACCCUCGCAAAAGCGACUGCCCAUCGUUUCAGCCUGA